AGCACUAGUAAUUUACUUAUCAGAUUACAUACCAAAAACGGAAACUUAACAUUUGAAUGCACAACUGAAAUCCUCUAUAUAUAGGACUAGUAGAAUCACUCACAGAACACACAAUUGAAUUGCCAACUAGAAGAACAAGAAGAGAAGAAUUAUUUUUGAGAAGAUGAUUCAUGCCAACGAAACAGAAGCAUUACCGUGCGCUGGAGGUUGUGGACUCUUCGGGACACGAAGGAACAAUAAUCUAUGCUCCCUUUGCUACAAAAAGAGUGUCCUUGAACAGUUGGCCACUCUCAAACUUGAGUCCAAGCCCGAGCCAUCAACAGUUCCCACAAGAAGUCCAACAGUUGCCGUACAAGAACCGGUUAGAAAACAGAGAUGCGAAACGUGUCAUAGGAAAUUAGGGGUGACAGGAUUCAGCUGCAGAUGCGGACACAUGUUUUGUGGGCCACAUCGGUAUCCCGAGGAGCAUUCUUGUCCUUUUGAUUACAAACAAUCUGGACGCCUCGCAUUGGCCAAGCAGUUGCCUUUGACUAGAGCUGAUAAGUUGCAUACUCCCUCCGUUUCGAAUUAGAUGUCGUUUUAGAGCAAAAUUUUCGUUUCAAAGUUA